AUGGUUUCAUCCUCUCCCAAGAGUACUAGUGCUGGAACCUGCCUUCCCUUCAUCUCACGCAAGCCAAGAAUGCGCGUGAUAUUGCCCUCCCAAUUUCAACCUUUCAAGUUUUCUGAUGAUGAUCUUGUCGAAUAUGACUCUGAUUUCGAAGCACACUUGGAUGAUGAUGUUGCUGAUAAUCAGAAUGCUGGUGAUGAUCAUAUGGGGAAUGAUGAUGAUGAUGAUUUUGAUGAUCAAGCUUUUGACGAUCAGCUUACUGAUGUUGAUGAGGAAGAAAUAGCUAUGGAAGAGAUUGUCCCUGAUGAUGAGAAUGAUUGUGAUAAUCCUACUAUUAUUCUAGAUGAUGAUACUUCUGAGAAAGAAGAAAGUACUGCAAGCAAUGAUGCCAUUGUUCCUCUCAUGAAAUGCAAGCCGAGAAUGCGCGUAAUGCCGCCGAGUCGAUUUGAAACCUUCGGGUUUACAGUAACGGAAGCCGAUGAUCAGGUGGACGAGGCUGAUUUCGACGACGGCGACGACGACGAUGAUAGAUCUGACACCAUGGAUGUUGAUGAAGAUUUUCAAGAUGAUUAUAUAAUUCUCUCUGAUGAUGAUGAUGAUUAUGAUGGAGUGGAUGAUGAUGGCUAUCUCUCGGAUUCGUCUCUAAGAAGUACUGCAACUCAGCUGCAUAAAUCCCCUCUUUAA